UUGUUUGAGCUAGGGCCUGAUGGUGGAGACCAUGAGACAGAUGGGGACCUCCUGGCUGAGACUGACGUCCUGGCCUAUGACUGCGCUGCCAGGGAGAAGUACGCCAUGAUGUUUGAUGAGCCGGUGCUGCUGCAGCUUGGCUGGUGGUAUGUGGCCUGGGCCCGUGUGUCUGGGCCCAGCUCAGACUGUGGCUCCCACGGACAGGCCACCAUCACCACAGAUGACAGGUACCUACUGGAGCCCAUAGAAAUACAAUUACUUGAACAGAUAUCCCCAUUCCUCAUUGUACAUUGUGAAUUAUGUGAACCUACUCCCUUUUGCAGUGUGGUCUUUCAGUUCAAGAGCUCCAAGAAGUCAAACAACGGUACCGACGUGAAUGCAGGUCAAAUACCUCAGCUCUUGUACAGGCAAGUCAUUUUCCUACACUCCUUAUAUUGUCUGAAUAGUGACCCGUGAAAUGUAUGUUGAUGAACUUCAAGUAACCGGCUUUGUAAUGGGAAUGUAAUGUGGUUGUUUUACUACUGCAGGCUUCCGUCAAAUGAUGGCAACGCAGCCAAAGGGAAACAGCAGACCAGUGAGCCGGUUCACAUCCUCAAACGUUCCUUCGCCCGGACCGUCUCAGUGGUACGUACCGUACGCCUGUUUCUCCCCUAGCUAGACUUGUUCCAAGGCAGGCCGCAGAGACCCCAUAAUCAGAACAUGGGCUUGUAUGAUAGCAAUAUUGAAACCAAUUGUGUUCAUCAGGCAUCAAAUGGAGGAAAAUUGAUUUAAACAGAGGGGAACUACCUGGACUGGUCCAAUAAGAAACACUCAUUUUAGUUUUCUGUUGCAAAAUGUUUGGAAACUUUUUCCUUUGCAUGCCCUAAUGAACAUCACCCUGGAGUGUAAUACAGUAGUUGUUAGGAUGUAAGCUCAUAAAGGUUUCAUUAAUAGGUGGUAAACCUGUAGUAAACAUGUAAUAAACAUGUCAUCCCCCCCUCCUAUCCCUGUAGGAGUGUUUCGAGUCCCUGCUGAGUAUCCUCAACUGGAGCUGGACCACCCUAGUGCUGGGGGUGGAGGAACUGAGAGGCCUGAAAGGCUUCCAGUACACGGCCACCCUGCUGGACCUGGAGCGUCUGCGCUUUGUUGGAACCUGCUGCCUUCGCCUGCUCCGUGUCUAUAUCUGUGAGAUCUUCCCCAUCUCUGGUAGGCUCUCUGGUAGGGUUACAAAGAUGCUCUAAGACACACAAACACAACCAUGCAGGUACUCAUAGUAGUACUCACACACACACAGGUAACACACACACAGGUAACACACACACACAGGUAACACACAUAUGGAAAUGAUAGAAAAGACAAAAUCAAGAAUCCAAGUUGAUAGCAAUGAGUUUGCUACAUUGAGAGACCUAACAUAUUAUAAGCAUUAUAAUAAAGGCUCAUAGUUAUAGCAAUUAAUGAAACCAUUAUACCCGUCAGCUGUAAGUAAAGUUUCUGAAUCGUCAACUGAAUGUAACAGCAUCAUAUUGUCCCUGGUUUAACCCUCAGGCCUCUGUCCUAUUCCCCCCUCUUCCUCCUUUUCAGCCAGCACCAAGGCGGUGGUGGAGGAGUCCAGCAAGCUGGCGGAGUGCGUGGGCAAGACCCGUAGCUUGCUCAAGAAGAUCCUGUCAGAGGGCAUGGACAACUGCCUGACCAAGCUGGACAACGACCCCCAGGGCUACCUGUCCCAGCCCCUCACCCUGCUGGAGGCCGUGCUGCAGGAGUGCCACAACACCUUUACCGCCUGCUUCCACUCCUUCUACCCCACGCCUGCACUGCAGUGGGCCUGCCUCUGCGACUUACUCAACUGCCUCGACCAGGUAGGUCUAAGAGAGAGAUUGUGGGUUAACGAGUAAGGUUGUUUGUUCAGUUCCUACACGGACCGCAUAGACUUACAGAUUUGGUCAAAUAUAUUGUCACCCUUGCACUUUACAAUUGACUGCAAUACAGCGGAAUGUUUUGUUUUUUUUUCUAUAAAAAAAAUGGUAGCAUGGCUAUUUUUUACCCUGUAGGCACCUGCAACUUUCCACAGGUGAAGUGAAUUACACUGUAAAUGAGAAUAAUUGCCUCCUUUUGUUGGGGUACAAUAUUCCAAUUCUUAUCAUUUCAUAUUCAUUUAAUAUAUUUCCCAUUCAUUAUUUUUCAAAUAUACUGUAUAUUUGUACUGUACCUGUGAGCGCAAACUUGAACAUUGUGAAAAUUCUUUGCAACUUCCAGUGCGCAUUUACUGUGAACACUGAGGCUGUACGUGCUUCUAAGUUACAGUUGUAACAGUGACCAUGUAGGCUACUGUGGCAAUUUGAUCAUAAUGUAGGACUACUAGAGGGGCCUACCAUCAAAAACAAUGGAGAAAAUGCAUCCCAUAACAUUUUAACUUGGAAAUAGCUGUUCUAUCAUUUGUGUGGUGUUCAGUGUAGGCCCACAUUCCAUGGGACUUUGGUGAGAAAAAAACAAAACAUGCAGGGCUUGACAUUAUCCUGUUUAUCCACUUGUCCUUCAGACAAGGAGGUGACUGAAAAUGUGUUUGAUGCAAGAAACCACUUUACAAAAGAAAAUGCAUUAUUAUUCCCAUACCAUUAUUACAGAGAAUCAGACAAAUUAUGUUACCCUCUGCCUAUUGGCUACUUAGCUUAUUCAAGCCUGUCUCAAAAUACAACACUGCCCCUUUAAGACAAAAAAAGCUCUUUACGUUUUGUGCUCUUGGAGGAAGCAGUCACUCCCGUAUUGCUGACUACAAAUUAUCUAUAACUGAGCUAAUAACUCACUAACUAGCAAAGGAUAUGAACAAAAUGUGCACACGUGGCUAAAUGCAGCUCUCGCUUUGAUCUCAAAACAAGCGCAUCUACUCAUGACCGCUCAUGCUGUAAACACAGUCCAGUUCAAAGUAAAUGGCACAGAUCCAUAUAUGGCAAUUAUUUAUUUGCAUAUAUGCCUACUGCAGCUCUGAUUGUUUAUGCAGAACCGGUCUGUGAAGAGUGCGGGCUGAGUAGUGCGUGUCAAUGCAAUAGAAUCCUACUCCAAUGUGUUCUGCCUACAACAAAAUCUUUUGCGUAGUUCGUUUUGUGUCGCUAUGUUGCAUUGAAAGUGGCUAAUAUGUCAUCAUAAUUGCCACAGUAAAGGGAAACAUUGAUAGCGAUAACAGGGAAAACUCUAGAACAGUGGUCACCAACUUUUUCUGAGUCAAAAUGCAAGCCGAGAUCUACUGCUCAGAUUUUUUUAUUAACAUGACUUAAAAAACAGAAGCCUAUAGUGCAUUCAGAACAUAUUCAGAGCCCUUGACUUUUUCCAAAUGUUGUUACAUUACAGCCUUAUUCUAAAAUUGAUUAAAUUGUUUUUUUCACCCUAAUCAAUCUGCACACAAUACCCCAUAAUGACAAAGCAAAAACCGGUUAAAAUGUAUAAUUAAUAAAAAACAGAUAUUAUAUUUACAUAAGUAUUCAGACCCUUUACUCAGUACUUUUGUUGAAGCACCUUUGGCAGCGAUUACAGCCUUGCGUCUUCUUGGGUGUGACGCUACAAGCUUGGCACACCUGUAUUUGGGGAGUUUCUCCCAUACUUCUCUGCAGAUCCUCUCAAGCUCUGUCAGUUUGGAUGGGGAGCGUCGCUGCACAGCUAUUUUCAGGUCUCUCCAGAGAUGUUUGAUCGGGUUCAAGUCCGGGCUCUGGCUGGGCCACUCAAGGACAUUCAGAGGCUUGUCCCAAAGCCAGUCCUGCGUUCUCUUGGCUGUGCGCUUAGGGUCGUAUUCCUGUUGAAGGUGAACCUUCGCCCCAGUCUGAGGUCCUGAGUGCUCUGGAGCAGGUUUUCAUCUUUCUCUCAAUCCUGACUAGUCUCCCAGUCCCUGCUGUUGUAAAACAUCCCCACAGCAUGAUGCUGCCACCACCAGGUUUCCUCCAGACGUGAUGCUUGGCAUUCAGGCCAAAGAGUUCAAUCUUGGUUUCAUCAGACCAGAGAAUUUUGUUUCUCAUGGUCUGAGAGUCCUUUAGGUGCCUUUUGGCAAACUCCAAGCGGGCUGUCAUGUGCCUUUUACUGAGGCGUGGCUUCCGUCUGGCCACUCUACCAUAAAGGCCUGAUUGUUGGACUGCUGCAGAGAUUGUAGUCCUUCUGGAAGGUUCUCCCAUCUCCACAGAGGAACUCUGGAGCUCUGUCAGAGUGACCAUCGGGUUCUUGGUCACCUCCCUGACCAAAGCCCUUCUCCCCCGAUUGCUCAGUUUGGCCGGGCGGCCAGCUCUAGUAAGAGUCUUGGUGGUUCCAAACUUCUUCCAUUUUAAGAAUGAUGGAGUCUACUGUGUUCUUGGGGACCUUCAAUGCUGCAGAAAUGUAUUGGUACCCUUCCCCAUAUCUGUGUUUAGACACAAUCCUGUCUCGAAGCUCUACGGCCAAUUCCUUCGACCUCAUGGCUUGGUUUUUGCUCUGACAUGCACUGUCAACUUAUAUAGACAGGUGUGUGCCUUUCCAAAUCAUAUCCAAUCAAUUGAAUUUACCACAGGUGUACUCCACUCAAGUUGUAGAAACAUCUCAAGGAUGAUCAAUGGAAACAGGAUGCACCUGAGCUCAAUGUCGAGUCUCAUAGCAAAGGGUCUGAAUACUUAUGUAAAUAAGCUAUUUCUGUUUUUUUAUGUGUACUACAUUUGCUAAAAUUGAUCAACUGUUUUUCGCUUCGUCAUUAUGGGGUAUUGUGUGUAGAUUGACGAGGAACAACAUUUAUUUAAUCUAUUUUAGAAUAAGGCUGUAAAGUAACAAAAUGUGGAAAAAGUGAAGGAGUCUGAAUAUUUCCGAAGCCACUGUGUGCAACAUUAACCAAUUAAAAACAGUACUGUAGAAAUGAGGUUUGUGCAGUAAGGUAUAGGCCCCAAUACAUUAUCACUGCAUAUUGGCUUUGCUUGAAUUGCCCUGCCAAUGCACUGUUGUUUGGGGCAUUUGAAGUAGGCUAUAUGAUCACACCGGUAAUGGAUCCGUUGUUGUAUUACUUGUGAAGCACAGCUGAGUGAGCAUACAUUUAAAUCAUUUUAUUUAUAUUUUUAUUUUACUGGGCUGAUGGUGCCUGCAUCCGAUGAUCAGUCUCAGAGGAGGGAGAGAGCAGCAGACUGAUGGUCCGUCUCUCAACAUCCCUCCACUUUCCCUUUCCUCCGCUGACACUGACCAAAAAGAGACACCGUCUUCCAGCUGAAUGCGAAACUCGAGUCGCACCGCAUUAUUUCUUCCUCAUGCAGAAAUUAAUGUUGUUACUCCUAUGAACAGAGAAAGUAAAAUAUUCCUCGAUAUUAAAAAAGACCCAAGCCAAUUAAAAUAACAACAACGCAAACCUAUAGGGUAAACAUCCCUAUUUAGCCCACCAAAUCCGCUUUUCAGACAUUUUUUAUAUAUACUGACCCAAUUUAAGUGAGAACAUUUUAGUUAAAAUGAAAGUCUAAUCUCUCAUUUGAAGUGUCAAUAAUUCAUUUAUAACAAUUUCUAAUGUUUUUAUCGUUUAAUUUGUCAAUGUACCCUUUAAGCACAUGGGUGUUCCAAAUAAGCCCUCUUCAGAUUUGUUGAUAAAUAAAUAUAUUUAAAAAAAUCUUAAUACAAACUUGUUCUAUUCAAAUCUGUAAUCUCUUAGCUCUCAAUAGCUAUUUUCCUUUUGUCUCCACUCCUAUCCUAUGGCCUGUAAAUGGCAUUUGAAAUAGGCGUGACCAGCCUUUUUGCUGUGUCGUCAACGCAGAAAAAGCUAAACUUACAACAUGUCUUCUUUAGAAUGUAGCCAAAAAACUAUUUACGAACAAAAUCAAAACUAUAGUGGAAAUUACACUUCAAUACUUCAUCUUUCAUUAUGUGUUGUCAUUUAGUCUGUAUCUCUAUCCUGUGGUGUGCUGUUGGCAUUUGAAAUUGGCCAACAUUUCUGGUACAGCCAACUGGUUGAAAGGUUUUUAUGAAGAUUUCUGAAGAAAAGCAGUUUGCAGGUUCAAAAUUAAUGAUCUAACGAUAGUAAAUGAGUCAAUUUCAGGAUUUACAUUUAAACAAUAGCUUUAAUUGAUUUUCAAAUGUUAAUCACAUUUAGGCUAGUAUUUUGAAAACAUUGUAAAAAUGCAUUUUAAAACCAUUCAGUUCAUUGUGAGGAGACAUCAGUCAUAACAUCUUGAAGCUCAUGUAUCAUUAGCAUACAACGUAAGCAAAAUAAACAAACAUUUCUGCAAUUUCUACUUUCUCCUAGGCUAAACAUAGGCCUAUGCUCUUUAAUGUGAUUGUAUUGUUUUAGUUAUCUUAGUAGUGUAACAUAACAGGUUAUAGGGUGGUCUAAGCUUUAUUUUGUUUGUUUGUUUCAAUGUUUUGCCCACGUUGUGGUUGUCUUUGCUUGCCAGUCUUUUGCUAACAAGUCAUUGAUGGCUUUCAUCUUGUUUUUGUACAGAUUUUCAAUGACCUCAUGUUUGCGCAAAUAGAACGGUAUAGGUCCCUCCAGCUCACACCAAGAUCCAUAGAGGUGUUUCCCCUUGUACAGCACAUAGGGUGGGAGGGUCUGUCCUGCUGCAUUCCCUGUUAUGCAGACAUAGAUCUGUUCCCUUCCAUUUCCGUCCGUGUUUUGGUACACGUUCUUGCUGCCUCUUCUUGACAGGACUUUGCCUGCUGCCGGAUCAGUGAUGAAGCCUGUCUCGUCUAUGUUAUAGAUAUUUUCAGGCUUAUCCAUGACAUCGGCUUUAACCAUCUCCUUUUCAAGGAGCGCAAACCAGCCUCUGAGAAUGGCUGGGUCGGAUGUGGCUUUUGCCCUUGCCUCUGGGAACUGUUCUGACUUCCUUAUGGUCAGUUCCGGAUGGUCCCGCAUGAAGCGUUCAAACCAUUUUCGUCCGGGUCUUUGGUCCUUGAAGGGGGUUUGAAGUUCCUUUGCUAUCACAAACUCUUGAACGAGAUGGAGAAGAUCCGUCUGGGUAAAGCCCCAACCCCACUGGCAAAGGACCUGAAGAGAUGGAGAAUGACAAAGCAUUAGUCCUGGACGCACGUGUGCGUGCGCGCGCAUGCACACACUCACUUAUUUAUGCGCGUGCACACACACACACACACACAUUGCAUACACACUUAUGCACCACACAAACACGUACACAGACACACACACAUACCGACAGGUCACACAUUGAGAACCACUGGAUUAGGCAAAAUCACAUUUUCAAUGACCUCAUAUUAGGCUAUCCACUGUUUCGUGUUAUCCUUUUCUUAGCCAAUCAGUCACUACAGUAUAACCCUACCUGAAGACACUCUGAAAUCUCUUGCUCUACAGCUGGACUCAGGUAGAUCACAUGUCCCUGUUGUGCGUCAAUGCUCAGCUGCUCCUUCCCUCUCUGCCUCAACGACUUCCUUUCUACUCCAUAAUGUUUUGCCAGAAAUUAGAGAUUUUGCAUUGUUCCCUCCCUGUACAGACUGCAUGCUUCUAUCAUGCGUGGGCAUGAACUGUCGUUUUUUUUUUGGUGUGUUUUAGACAUCUCAAUCUAAAACUCAUCUGAAAAGUAGGCCUAAAGAUAAAACAAUUAUUGUUAAUGUUAGGAUAGAAUAUAGGCCUAUCCAGAAUGAAUUGACCUAUGCAAUAUGACUGAUAUUUAAAUAUGGGUAUUAAUUAUCUGAAUUAUGGAGCUGAUUUAUCAGGUGAGGUCCAAAUUAGGAAGGAAAAUGGUUCAAAGGUCAAAAGGAAGAAAAUCCCCAUUGAAACACAGUCAAGUGGGCUUAAUGGGAGCAGGUGGGCUUAAAGGGAACGUCAGUGAAUUUAUGGUUAAAAGACAGAAUAUUUUAUUCUACGCACAUGACAAUAAAAAAACAACUAUAUAUGAAAUAAAUCUAUAAAUGGUGCACUAACAUAACAUGAAAAGUAUAAAUGUAUCAUGCAGAGAAGUAAUUAGCUAUGCUCAUUUACAUCCACCCCAGACAGUGUGAUAUUUUUGCUAGCGUCCCCUUUAAGCCCACUAGGUAAAAAUUUUAAUAAAAACAUUUAUAAAGAUAAACAUACACAUUUAUUGUCUAUUUAACAGUAUAAUAAUAUAAACUGCAUACAAAAAUGUAAACUAUACCUGCUUAGCAUGCUUUAUGUCAUUGCAAUGAACCAUAUUAUGCAGCUACUAUAUUGAUGCAGCAUGUGGUCUGUUUGCUAGCAUACUAAAAUUCAUAUUUUGAUUUCAAAAGUAACAAUUUAUAAUUCAAGUAAUAUUCUAACAUACGUCUUAUUCAAAACACUAAUCACUUCGAUUUUGAUAACAAAUGAGUACUUACCAAAAACAGGAGUAGAAAUAUGCAAAAAAUUUUAUCUUCUGAGGGUACCAAAAUCACACGUUUUUUUGCAACUACUUCUGGGAUCAGCAGGCACAUGUUACACAUGCUUUGAUAACUCAAUAUUGACAAAUCUGAUUGGCCUACAAUAAUAAGUGUAAUUUAUGUAACAAGCAGCUUCAUUGGAAGAAAAGUGAUGUAUUUUUUUUUUUUUUUUUCACUCAGAAGUUGGGGUUAAUAGGGACGUUUACCCUAGAGACACUUUCCUACUCAUUCAUUACUGCUGCAGUGCUUGUUGUAGCGCUCAGUGGAAGUAGGAAGAACGGCUUAUAAAAAGUGUUGAAUACAAAGUGUUGACAGUGCUGAGUAAGAACUUAAACAUGAACAUCUCUUUGCUGGAUUCAUUGACAGUCUCUCUCUAGUCAUGGUUUUAAAAGUUUUGAAGUCUCACAGUAUCAACUUUGCUGUAGCUUUCUGCUACGUUAUUGCAGACACGGUCAUCAGAGCCAUCCGAUUGGCCAGCGGUAGGCCCAUAGUACACUUGAUUUGCUCUCUGGGCCCGCAGGGAAGGCAGAGUUUGUACCUUCAGACACAUGAAAUGGACAAAGUUAGACGCACAAAUAUCAUACCCCCAAAAAAUGCUAACCUCCCCUGUUAUUGUAAUGGUGAUAUGAUAUUUGUCGGUCUGUAACUUUCUCACUCAUCAUUAUUCACGAUUCAUUCAGGAUUAUCCGUAAUCAUGGUAGCAUCCACAUUAAUAAGAAAGUGUUUUGAAACAUAUUCUUAUUUACAAUAAAGUUGACUCCAAAUGCAUCCACAUUAAUGUAGAAGUGUUUAGAAACAUAUUAUAUUCUUAUUUACAAUAAAAGUGACACAAUACAUUAUUUACAAUUCAUUUCUAUUGGGCACAAAAUAAUCUGAAACACAACCAAAACAAAGAGCAAAUGCAUCCAACAAAUCUGUAGCAUUUAAAAUCCAAAGUGCUGCAGUAAUGAGCCAAAACACCAUAAAAUGUGUCACUGUCCCAAUACCUUUGGAGCUCACUGUAUUGUUAUAAUAAUAAAUAUACUAUGUCUUGGUUGCCAUUCAAAUUGCUCCUCUAAGCUUUUGUGUACAAAGAUAAUCUAGAAAAUACAUAGCUAAUGAUAAGUUAUGGUCAAAAUGCAUUCUGGCUCUAGUUAUCACAUCUCUUUAGUGAAAGUUUGCUACUUCACCCACCCUUCUUCCUUUCACCAGGACAUUGCCGAGGCCAAUUUCCGCACAUCAAGCAGCCGACUGUUAGCGGCGGUGAUGUCUGCACUGUGCAACACGUCAGUCAAGCUGACGUCCAUCUUGCCCAUUGCGUACGACGGCGAGGUGCUGCUGCGCUCGCUGGUCAAACAGGUCAGCACGGAGAAUGACUCGGCGCUCGCCCACCGCUUCCCCCUGCUGGUGGCACACAUGGAGAAACUCAGCCACGUGAGUAAACAUCAAAGAUAGCGGAAUUUCGACACAAUGUCUGACCAAUGAGGACCCGUAUUCAAAAAGCGUCUCCCAGUAGGAGUGCUGAUCUAGAUUCAGUUCCCCGGAUCCAUAUAAUCCUAUUCAUUAUGAUCUAAAAAGCUAAAUUGAUCCUAGGUCAGCACUCCUACUCUGAGACUUUUUGUGAAUAUCCCAUAACUAGCACAGGGGUUAGCCGUAUUGCUUUACCUAUUUUACUGUUGGAACACUCACCUAUUAAAAUGUGUUAUCAUUGAAAUGGGCAUGUAACCUCUGUCUCCUGAUUUCCCAUGUUGUGCUUAUCACAUAACAUUUUAUGGAUUCAGUGGAGUUAAAAACAUUUAUUUUUAUUUUUAUAUACAAUCAGAGAAGACACAAUUGCUGACCUUUCUCAUGUUCUUUCACUUUCUUUCUUUUCUCCACUCCCCCUUUCAGACAGAGGAGAACCUGAUGGGGAUGACAAGUUUCAGGGAGGUUCUCGAGAAGAUGCUGGUGAUUGUAGUGCUACCAGUGAGGAAGAGCCUGAGAAAGGAGGUGGAGCUCUUCUCCCCCCACCUGGUCUCCAACACCUGUGGCCUGCUGGCCAGCAUAGUCUCUGAGCUCACCGCCUCUGCACUGGGCUCCGAGGUAAAGAACAAACACAGACACACGAGCCCCCCCCCCCCCCCCACACACACACUCUGAUGGUUUAUGUCUAAAGACACAAGUCAAUGUUUGUGUUGCUUAGGAUUUAAUUGAUUACCAGGUUGUGCCUGUUCAGGGAUUGAACAGGACAUUGAUAUUGACAGCCAUUAAAAGAUCUAGUCCUAUUCCUGUUAAUAGGUUGGCUAGAUUCGUAAUGGAAUCGACCUACCCUAAAUUUAGACCUGACUCCAGUCCAAAUAUAGCGCUCUGUUGGGGUUGAGAGAUGAUGUCAUUCAGUUGAGGUAUCCGCCAUUUACAUUGUAUUCUAUUCCCCCUACUUCAAUCUGAAUGAUUUCUUAGCAAUUCUAAUAUUCAAGGUUAAUAAAAUCAAAUGUUAUCAAAUAUACAUAACAUUUAAAUGUUAUACUACAUACAGUAUCUGCAUCAAUAUAUUUGUUGAAAACGAUUAAAUCAAAAUGGAGAAAGCAAAACAAUUGCAGAAUUACCUUUCUUGUUUACAAGACGCUGAGUCACUUCGGGGAGUGACGUCUCUCACUCUGUCCAUCCACACGUCUGUCCCUCUGUCCUUCCACUUUUCCGUCUGUUUCGCUGUACCCUGCAGCUGCCGGCUGCAUUCUCAACACUCAAUCUCAAUCACCCUGCAGUUUGGCCGUCAUGACAACAGCCCCAGCCGCCACAGUUGUUCUAAAUCCAUUGUUCACAUUGUCAAGGAAACUGCUGUUCUCCGUUUAGGGACCUGGGCCUGGUUGCAUAAAACACCUUAAGUUAAUUUUCCCCUUAUCCUUUCCCUUAAAGUUUCCUUAACUUUAAAUCAGUUGCACAAAACAUUUUAAGGUGAAUUCCACCCUUAAAUUAAGUGAAAAAGUUAAGGGUGCCCUUGAGGUCCCUUAACUGCUUCAUUCAGUAUGGCUAUCAAUGGAAAAGCAUUUGUGGACGUGAAUGUAGCUUUCAUCUGCCCUGGUUACAAAAGGAAAACAUCAACCAGCUAGCUACUUAGCUAAAUAAUGGAAGAUGCACAAUCCAUACCUACUCUGUAAGCUAGCUUGAAGUGCUAGAAUGUAAUAGAAACAAGUUUGGAAAAAAGUAACUACAUGAAAUGUGGUUUAUUAUCGUCUGAAGCAAUUUGGUUAUCCUGUCUUGAUUGUAGAAGUUCUAUUUUUCUAUCUCAAAAAAUAAAUGUUUUCUCUUUGACAAGACGUUUAGUCAUUGCAUCAGGCUGUCUCCAUGGUAACCAGAUACUCUUUCUACUAUAAAUCCCAUUAAGUAUGCCUUUACAUAAGGGAAUAUUUGAGGGGCUCUAUGCAAAUCCCUUAAACAAUUACCUUAGGUAAGGGAAAAUUAUUCCUCAAAUUAAACACUUAAGAUGUUUUAUGCAACCGGGCCCUGGAUAUCCGUGUACCAACCACAGACAGACUAUCUCUGGCCACAUAGGUGUGUCAUAAAUAGCAAGGUAACUAAUACUAACCACACCACGUCGAUCAGGUCAUCCUCGUAGUAGGGAUGGAACAAUUACAUGUAACCGACGGUUAUGGAUUUUUGAGUGUGGAAAGAACAGCUGACUGAAGAUUGGACGGCCGGGCAUUCGUGCGGUUGAGUCCGUUUCUGCUGUAACAUGGACAUGAAACUUUGUUGCUCCAUGCUGAAACACGUAAGGUGUAGUAGCAAACGAGUCUUAGGUUGCCUAGGCAACACCCCUUCCCUGCAGCAGCAGCAAAUGCAUUCAGGAACAGAGGAGAGGAGAAAAUGUGUGUCUUAAAAAAUAAAUAUAUACACCACCGUUCAAAGACCAGAGACUGGUGUUUUGCAGGUACUAUUUAAUGAAGCUGCUGGUUGAGGACCUGUGAGGCGCCUGUUUCUCAAACUAGACACUCUAAUGUAUUUGUCCUCUUGCUCAGUAGUGAACCUGGGCCUCCCACUCCUCUUUCUAUUCUGGUUAGAGCCAGUUUGCGCUGUUCUGUGAAAGGAGUAGUACACAGCGUUGUACGAGAUCUUCAUUUUCUUGGCAAUUUCUCGCAUGGAAUAGCCUUAAUUUCUCAGAACAAGAAUAGACUGACGAGUUUCAGAAGAAAGUUAUUUGUUUCUGGCCAUUUUGAGCUUGUAAUCGAACCCACAAUUGCUGGUGCUCCAGAUACUCAACUAGCCUCAAGAAGGCCAGUUUUAUUGCUUCUUUAAUUAGCACAACAGUUUUCAGCUGUGCUAACAUAAUUGCAAAAUGGUUUUCUAAUGAUCAAUUAGCCUUUUAAAAAGAUGAUAAACCUGGAUUAGCAAACACAACGUGAAGUUGGAACACUGAUGGUUGAUGAUAUUUGGCCUCUGUACGCCUAUGUAGAUAUUCCAUAAAAAAUCUACAAUAGCCAUUUACAACAUUAACAAUGUCUACACUGUAUUUCUGGUCAAUUUGAUGUUAUUUUAAUGGACCAAAAAAUUGCUUUUUCUUUCGAAAACAAGGACAUUUCUAAGUGACCCCUAACUUUUGAACGGUAGUGUAUAUAAUUUUUUCUUUGCUAUUCAAACGGUUAUUAUGGUGACCGCAGUAAUUUGUCUGACCAAUAACUGUCUUCCAAAUUUCCAUAACUGCCACAGCCCUACCUCGUGGUAUUGUAUUUGUUUCUGAAGUAAGUUGGCCGAUGUCAUGGUCAGUGAGGUUGUCAUACAUUGUCUUGUACAAUAACAAUGGAAAGCCCCUGCUGGUGUUUAUUCACCUCAGUACUACCACCUGGUGGAAUUAUAUAGCAACCAGGUAAAUACUUAGUUUUCAUGACAAGGUCAAGAUGUCAUGGGAAAGAGGUAAUAUUUUGGUUGUUGUCCGGUCAGAUUACAACCAGAUAAAUACCUAUUGCUAAAAUGACGUUAACAAAACUUCCUUAAUACAACCACUAUAUGACCUAACCAUGACUAUAUCAAAACAAUAUAAAAUACAUCAUAAUCACUUGUCUCUUCGUCUCUCCCAGGUGGACGGUCUGAACUCGCUUCACUCGGUGAAGUCCACUCCCAACCGCUUCACCAAGACGAGCCAGGGCCGCAGCUGGAACACGGGCAAUGGCUCUCCAGAUGCCAUCUGUCUGACUGUGGACAAGCCCGGCGUGGUGCUGGUUGGCUUCUGCGUCUACGGCGGCGGGGGCAUCCAUGAGUAUGAGUUGGAGGUGCUCGCUGAUGACGUAAGAGUUUUAGAUCUGCCUUUUAUUUUUAUUAACUUUGGAAGCUAUUUUAGAUUUAGUUUUAGUCUAAGUCUUUUGACUAAAAUACUUUUAUGGUCUUAGUCACACUUUUUGCUCACACUCAUUUUAGUCAAUGCAUUUUUUUUUAUACCUUGUUCUAUUUACCUCUAACUUCCAUCAUGUGCACAUUCAGAUAUCAUUGUCCAACUACAAUCCCCAUCUAUAUCUUAGCUGGUAAUAUUGCUAUUGUGGCAGAAUAUAACCAUAGUAACCCAUGAUUAAUCAUAGGCUACAAAGCCGGCUACAGGUUAAACAAUUUACAAAUCAGAUUUUAUUCUGUCAUAACCGUCCGAGGUGGGUAAAUAACAGAGAUUCCCUUGAAAGGGGAUGAAUCUGAGCUUUCCAACAAUCCACAAAUUAUUACUGUACUUCUAAUAUUCAGGAAAUAGUAUUUUCAAUCGGAGAAAACAACUCAUAUUUGCGGACCACAAGAGUGGUAAACAGCAUACAUGGCUUCUGGUGUGAGAGUGGAGACAUUAUUGUUUCUUAGCAGACUUGAGGUUAGGUACCAUUUACCUGGCUGUGGUACAAGUACCAUGGUUUCCUGCGCAUUAGUGAAGAAAGGAUGAGACGAGUGAGCUGGUUUUAGUGACAGCCCGGGUCGGGAGCUGUGUUUGUGUGGCAGUGGCGCAGGGCUCAGCUCAAACAGUCCUGGAAACUAAGAGAUGUUCAUUCUGCCAAUGAGAGGAUUGUAUGAAAUAUUUUGCAAAGGCAUACAUGCUAAUGAUUGGACAAAACAUAUACAGAGCCUUCAGAAAGUAUUCACUCCCCUUGACUUUUUCCACAUUUUGUUGUGUUACAAAGUGGAUUAAAAUUGAUUUAUUUUAAAUUUUUUGUCAACGAUCUACACAAAAUACUCUUUCAAGGUGGAAGAAAAAUUAUAACAUUUGUCAAAACAUUAUGAAAAAUAAAACCUAAAUAUAUCUUGUAUAGUCAAUACAUGUUCGAAUCACCUUUGGCAGCAAUUACAGCUGUGAGUCUUUCUGGGUAAGUCUCUGAGCUUUCCACACCUGGAUUGUGCAACAUUUGCCUGUUAUUCUUUUCAAAAUCCUUCAAGCUUUGUCAAAUUGGUUGUUGAUCAUUGCUAGACAACCAUUUUCAAGUCUUGACAUACAUUUUCAAGCACGUUAAGUCAAAACUGUAACUAGGCCACUCAGGAACAUUCAAUGUCGUCUUGGUAAGCAACUCCAGUGCAGAGUUUGCCUUGUGUUUUAGGUUAUUGUCCUGCUGGAAGGUGUAUUCAUCUCCCAGUGUCUGGUGAAAAGCAGAAUAGACCCAGUUUUCCUCUAGGAUUUUGCCUGUGCUUAGCUCCAUUCCAUUUUUUUAAUCCUGAUAAACUCCCCAGUCCUUAACGAUUACAAGCAUACCCAUAACAUGCAGCUACCACUAUGUUUGAAAAUAUGGUGAUACUGUUGUACUCAGUAAUUUGUUAUGUUGGAUUUGCCCCAAACAUAACACUUUGUAUUCAGGGCAAAAUGUUAAUUGCUUUGCCACAUUUUUUGCAGUAUUACUUUAGUGCCUUGUUGCAAACAGGAUGCAUGUUUUGGAAUAUUUGUAUUCUGUACAGGUUUCCUUCUUUUCACUCUGUCAGUUAGGUUAGUAUUGUGGAGUAACAAUGUUGUUGAUUCAUCCUCAGUUUUCUUCUAUCACUGUCAUUAAACUCUGUAACUGUUUUAAAGUCACCAUUGGCCUCAUUGUGAAAUCCCCGAGCGGUUUCCUUCCUCUCCGGCAACUGAGUUAGGACGGACGCCUGCAUCUUUGAAGUGAAUGGGUGUAUUGAUACACCAUCCAAAGAGUAAUUAAUAACUUCACCAUGCUCAAAGGGAUAUUCAGUGUCUGCUUUUUUAUUUGUUUUACCCAUCUACCAAUAGGUGCCCUUCUUUGCGAGGCAUUGGAAAACCUCUCUGGUCCUUGUGGUUGAAUCUGUGUUUGAAAUUCACUGCUCGACUGAGGGACCUUACAAUUAUCUGUAUGUGUGGGUUACAGAGAUAUGGUAGUUAUUCAAAAAUCAUGUUAAACACCAUUAUUGCACACAGUGAGUCCAUUCAACUUAUGUGACUUGUUAAGCAAAUUUGUACUCCUGAAGUUAUUUAGGGUUGACAUAACAAAGGGGUUGAAUACUUAUUGACUCAAGACAUUUCAGCUUUUAAUUUUUUGUUAAUUUGUAAGCAUUUAGAAAACCAUAAUUCCAUUUUGACAUUAUUGGGUAUAGUGUGGAGAUAUAUAUAUAUAUAUAUAUAUAUAUAUAUAUAUAUAUAUAUAUAUAUAUAUAUAUAUAUAGUUAUAUAUAUAUAGUUAUAUAUAUAUAUAUAUUUAUAUAUAUAGUUAUAUAUAUAUAUAUUUAUAUAUAGUUAUAUAUAGUUAUAUAUAUAUAUAGUUAUAUAGUUAAUUUUUAUAGGUUAUUUAACCUGGAAUUCCCUUGAAAUAAAAAAAAAUGGAGGGAGGCCUUUUUUCUCAUCACUAUACAUUUUUGUCGUUGAUACAUUUAGCUCAGGUAGUCCUCGAGCACAAUCUUAAACAUGCUUUUUAAACUCAGCAAAAAAAGAAACGUCCUCUCACUGUCAACUGCGUUUCUUUUCAGCGAACUUAACAUGUGUAAAUAUUUGUAUGACCAUAACAAGAUUCAACAACUGAGACAUAAACUGAACAAGUUAAGACAUUGAAUAAUGUGUCCCUGAACAAAGGUCAACAUCAAAAGUAACAGUCAGUAUCUUGGUGUGGCCACCAGCUGCAUUAAGUACUGCAGUGCAUCUCCUCCUCAUGGACUGCACCAGAUUUGCCAGUUCUUGCUGUGAGAUGUUACCCCACUCUUCCACCAAGGCACCUGCAAGUUCCCUGACAUUUCUGGGGGGAAUGGCCCUAGCCCUCACCCUCCGAUCCAACAGGUCCCAGACGUGCUCAAUGGGAUUGAGAUCCGGGCUCUUCGCUGGCCAUGGCAGAACACUGACAUUCCUGUCUUGCAGGAAAUCACGCACAGAACGAUCAGUAUGGCUUGUGGCGUUGUCAUGCUGGAGGGUCAUGUCAGGAUGAGCCUGCAGGAAGGGUACCACAUGAGGGAGGAGGAUGUCUUCCCUGUAACGCACAGCGUUGAGAUUGCCUGCAAUGACAACAAGCUCAGUCCGAUGAUGCUGUGGCACACCGCCCCAGACCAUGACAGACGCUCCACGUCCAAAUCGAUCCCGCUCCAGAGUACAGGCCUCGGUGUAACGCUCAUUCCUUCGACGAUAAACGCAAAUCCUACCACCACCCCUGGUGAGACAAAACCGUGACUCGUCAGUGAAGAGCACUUUUUGCUAGUCAUGUCUCGUCAAACGACGGUGGGUUUGUGCCCAUAGGCGACGUUGUUGCCGGUGAUGUCUGGUGAGGACCUGCCUUACAACAGGCUUACAAGCCCUCAGUCCAGCCUCUCUCAGCCUAUUGUGGACAGUCUGAGCAUUGGAGGGAUUGUGCGUUCCUGGUGUAACUCGGGCAGUUGUUGCCAUCCUGUACCUGUCCCGCAGGUGUGAUGUUUGGAUGUACCGAUCCUGUGAAGGUGUUGUUACACGUGGUCUGCCACUGUGAGGACGAUCAGCUGUCCGUCCUGUCUCCCUGUAGCGCUGUCUUAGGCGUCUCACAGUACGGACAUUGCAAUUUAUUGCCCUGGCCACAUCUGCAGUCCUCAUGCCUCCUUGCAGCAUGCCUAAGGCACGUUCACGCAGAUGAGCAGGGACCGUGGGCAUCUUUCUUUUGGUGUUUUUCAGAGUCAGUAGAAAGGCCUCUUUAGUGUCCUAAAUUGUCAUAAUUGUGAACUUAAUUUCCUACCGUCUGUAAGCUGUUAGUGUCUUAACGACCGUUCUACAGGUGCAUGUUCAUUAAUUGUUUAUGGUUCAUUGAACAAGCAUGGGAAACCGUGUUUAAACCCUUUACAAUGAAGGUCUGUGAAGUUAUUUAGAUUUUUACGAAAUAUAUUUGAAAGACAGGGUCCUGAAAAAGGGACCUUUUUCUUUUUUUGCUGAGUUUAUAUAAUCCAGCAGUAACAAGUUAAAUUCAGGGCAGUUUACAACUUUUCAAAGACUUGUGUGUGUAUAUUGGUAUUCAUUGCGAUUCAUUUUCCUAAAGCCACUGACCAUCUCUUUUGGUUCUUGAGUUUAAUCUUUCCCAGGAGUUCUUUCUCACCACUUCUCUCCUUUCUCUCUUUCCCCCUCUUCUUCCUCUCCAGGCCCAGACAGAGCACCCCGGGGACUCGACCCACACCCACAGGUGGACGUCUCUGGAGCUAGUCAAGGGAACCUACAGCACCGAUGACUCCCCCAGCGACAUUGCUGAGAUACGCCUCGACAAGGCCGUGCCACUCAAGGUACACGGGACUAAAAUGAUGUGCCCUAUACAGACAUAUCUAUUCAUCUAUCUAACCAUAUGUAUGCCAGGGUUUCCGUUUAGGAAAUGUUGUAUAAUAUUUUGAUUUGUUUAACACUUUUUUGGUUACUACAUGAUUCAAUAUGUGUUAUUUCAUAGUUUUGAUGUCUUCACUAUUAAACUACAAUGUAGAAAAUAGUGAAAAUAAAGAAAAACCCUGGAAUGAGUAGGUGUGUCCAAACUUUUGACUGGUACUUUUAUAUGAUUCUCUGCUAAACAAACAGACAACAAAUAGACCUAGUAGCGAAGAUUCAGCACCAUGGAUAGCACCGUGGUUAAUUAAAAAGGACAGAACGGCUGCGUCGGGGAAGUUCAGAGGAGGGGGUGUGUGUCUCUGUUAACAACAACUGGUGCGUGAUCUCUAAUAUUAAGGAAGUCUCAAGGUUCUGCUCGCCCGAGUUAGAAUACCUUCAUGAUAAGCUGUAGACCACACUAUUUACCAAGAGAGUUUUCAUCUAUAUUUUUCGUGGCAGUCGAUUUACCAACACAAUCCGAUGCUUGCACUCAGACCACACUCAACGAGCUGUAUAUAAGCAAACAAUAAAAUGCUCACCCAGAGGUGGCGCUCCUAGUGGCCGGUAACUUUAAUGCAGGAAAACUGAAAUCCGUUUUACAUCAUUUCUACCAGCAUUUCAAUUCUGCAACUAGAGGCGAAACAACUCUAGAUCACUUUUACUCCACACACAGUGAUGCAUACAAAGUAUCCCCCACUUUCCAUUUGGCAAAUCUGACCAUAACUCUAUCCUCCUGAUUAAUGCUUACAAGCAAAAACUUAAAACAGGAAGUACCAGUGACGUGCUCAAUACGGAAGUGGUCCGAUGAAGCAGAUGCUAAACUACAGGAUUGUUUCGCUUGCACUGACUGGAAUAUGUUCUGGGAUUCAUCCGAUGGCAUUGAGAAGUUUACCACACCAGUCAUCGGCUUCAUUAAUAAGUGCAUUGACAACGUACAUAUCCCAACCAGAAGCCAUGGAUUACAGGCAAUAUCCACAUUGAGCUAAAGGCUAGAGCUGCUGCUUUCAAUGAGCUACGCCCUCCGACGAACCAUAAAACAGGCAUAGUGUCAAUACAGGACCAAUAUCGAAUCCUACUACACCGGCUCUGACGCUCGUCGGAUGUGGCAGGGCUAGCAAACUAUCACGGAUUACAAAGGGAAACCCAGCUGCGAGCUGUCCAGUGAUGCGAACCUACCAGAUGAGCUGUCCAGUGCGAGCUGCGAGCUGUCCAGUGAUGCGAGCCUACCAGAUGAGCUAUAUACAGUGGGGAGAACAAGUAUUUGAUAACCUGCAGAUUUUGCAGGUUUUCCUACUUUUUAACAUAGGUACACUUCAACUGUGAGAGACGGAAUCUAAAACAAAAAUCCAGAAAAUCACAUUGUAUGAAUUUUAAGUGAUUAAUUUACAUUUUAUUGCAUGACAUAAGUAUUUGAUCACCUACCAACCAGGCUCUCACAGACCUGUUAGUUUUUCUUUAAGAAGCCCUCCUGUUCUCCACUCAUUACCUGUAUUAACUGGACCUGUUUGAACUCGUUACCUGUAUAAAAGACACCUGUCCACACACUCAAUCAAACAGACUCCAACCUCUCCACAAGACCAGAGAGCUGUGUAAGGACAUCAGGUCUAAAAUUGUAGAUCUGCACAAGGCUGGGACGGGCUACAGGACAAUAGACAAGCAGCUUGGUGAGAAGGCAACAACUUUUGGCGCAAUUAUUACAAAAUGGAAGAAGUUCAAGAUGACGGUCAAUCACCCUCGGUCUGGGGCUCCAUGCAAGAUCUCACCUCGUGGGGCAUCAAUGAUCAUGAGGAAGGUGAGGGAUCAGCCCAGAACUACACGGCAGGACCUGGUCAAUGACCUGAAGAGAGCUGGGACCACAGUCUCAAAGAAAACCAUUAGUAACACCCUACGCCGUCAUGGAUUAAAAUCCUGCAGCGCACGCAAGGUCCCCCUGCUCAAGCCAGCGCAUGUCCAGGCCCGUCUGAAGGACUAUCCAGAGGAGGAAUGGGAGAAGGUAAUGUGGUCUGAUGAGACAAAAAUAGAGCUUUUUGGUCUAAACUCCACUCGCCGUGUUUGGAGGAAGAAGGAUGAGUACAACCCCAAGAACACCAUCCCAACCGUGAAGCAUGGAGGUGGAAACAUCAUUCUUUGAGGAUGCUUUUCUGCAAAGGGGACAGGGUGACUGCACCGUAUUGAGGGGAGGAUGGAUGGGGCCAUGUAUCGUGAGAUCUUGGCCAACAACCUCCUUCCCUCAGUAAGAGCAUUGAAGAUGGGUCGUGGCUGGGUCUUCCAGCAUGACAACGACCCGAAACACACAGCCAGGGCAACUAAGGAGUGGCUCCGUAAGAAGCAUCUCAAGGUCCUGGAGUGGCCUAGCCAGUCUCCAGAUCUGAACCCAAUAGAAAAUCUUUGGAGGGAGCUGAAAGUCCGUAUUGCCUAGCGACAGCCCCGAAACCUGAAGGAUCUGGAGAAGGUCUGUAUGGAGGAGUGGGCCAAAAUCCCUGCUGCAGUGUGUGCAAACCUGGUCAAGACCUACAGGAAACGUAUGAUCUCUGUAAUUGCAAACAAAGGUUUCUGUACCAAAUAUUAAGUUCUACUUUUCUGAUGUAUCAAAUACUUGCAAUCAUACAAUGUGAUUUUCUGGAUUUUUGUUUUAGAUUCCGUCUCUCACAGUUGAAGUGUACCUAUAAUACAAAUUACAGACCUCUACAUGCUUUGUAAGUAGGAAAACCUGCAAAAUCGGCAGUGUAUCAAAUACUUGUUCUCCCCACUGUACUUUCUAUGCACUCUUUGAGGCUAGCAACACUGAACAAAUACUUUUCUCUCUGCUACUGCGCAACAAGCAGUACCGAUGCUGGAACAAACAGGACCCUGAACAGCUUCUAUCCCAAAGCUAUAAGACUGCUAAAUAGUUAGUUAAACAGUUAACCAAUAGCUACCCGGAAUAUCUGCGUUGACCCUUUUUUACACUAAUCUCUUUUGACUCAUCACAUACGAUGCUUUUACUGUUUGUCUAUCCCGUUGCCUAAUAAUAAGAAUAAUUUAUUCAACUUAUAUAGCGCUUUUCAAAGAAUCUCAAAGCGCUUCAAAGCACACAAAAAAAGACAAGUAAUUUAGAAAAACAACAUCACAACAUCAUGAGAUGGACAGUCAUUACAAGGUUAAUGGCUUGAGGGAGGUGAUCAAGCGGGGAGAGAAAGUCCGUAGGCAGGAAGCGCGGUCUUAUCAAGGUGUCUAGCUGUCUCUGGCUUUUCUGUAGUAGAACUCAGUCAGAUGAAGUUUGAGCUAAGCCACUGCAGUCCAUAGACUCUGUAGUAGUUCACUACUACCAAAAUGAAGCACCCACAUGGAUGAUCCUACUGCAGGCACGUGGCGCCAGAAAGCACACCACAUUUCAAUAAUAAUUAAAGGGCAGCCUUUGUCUUCCUUUCGUUCCUCAUCACUGCACCCUCUGUCUUCUUGCUUUUGGCAUCUCUCCAUCCUCAACCUCAGGACACUGGUUAGCAUUGGAAUCAAUACAGCUAGCCAGCUAACAUACAAAUUACUUGCCAGCUUCAGGCUUAACGCUGUGGUGGAUUCUGAUUUAUAUUAAUUAGCUAUAUUAAUUGUUCAUUCUUAAAACAAAAAGAUUGUAGUUAAAAAAUGCCAUAAAAAUGAAUUAAUUACAAAAAUAUUACGAAAUGUACAGGAGCUCUCUGCUUAGGCUGCUGCUAGGGCGCCAUGGCAACACUUUAUCCCUACUGAUAAAGGUUUCGUUUUUUCUAUUCAUAUUUCAAGGUAGCACCGAUUGGUGUCACCUAGUUAGUAAGUAUGUGUUACACCUGUGCUGGCUUGUCCGUCUCAUUAGUUGGAAGGUGUUUCACCUGUGCUAGCCCAGAUGAUAUUUAAGAGUGGCUGGCCCAGUGCUCCAGUUGAGCUUGAGAGAUGUUGGGAGAGCUGCUCUUCACGUCAGCUGAGGUGCGAUUUCAGCUCAAUCAUUUAAGUUUGAAAGAAGCCAGAUUUUUGGUGUUUCCCCUGUUUGUUUUGCUCCAUAUUCUUUUUACUCCCUAUGCUAAGUUGUUGUGGGUUUUUCUUUUAGUUUGUCUUUUCGGAGGCAAACCUAGUGGGCAUCCCUGAUGGGUGUCUUUUAGAACCCCUUACUAGUGGCUUUGCCAACUUUCAUUGGGCACCCACAUGAGUUUUGUUUUUGGUUGUCAAAGAGAUUUUCUUGUGAGCGACAUUUUGAGUUGGUCUUGUGGGAACGUAACACUACCUAUAUCUACUGUAAGUGGGGACUAUUGGACUUUAUGUUGAGGAGGCCAAAUAUGGUAGGCUGCUAGCGUUGUGAUGACUGGUCUAAUUAAUGAAUAAAGCCUGAGAGUUGAUUAGUCUGGUUCAUGCAGCUAUUUGCAUGUUACUUUGCAUUAGUGCAGCAUAAACAUUUUAUAUUAUUGGUCCACGGGACCUGUCAUUACUAUUCUCAGGAAAGGGGAAGGAGCUUGGUUGGGAAGUCCCAGGAUACCGGUCACCGGAAUUAAACCCUAGCAUGCAUCCAUCCAUCCUUCUUUAUAACUCAAUGCCACUUAUGAUAUGAAAACCACAUAUGUUGCACAAUCCUGUUUGUCCUCCCCUAUCUCUGUCCUCAUCUGACAGAUUUUUGUAUACAUUCUGCAGGAGGGUGUGAAAUACGCUGUCCGCCUGCGUAACUAUGGUAGCCGAACGGCCAAUGGGGAUGGCGGGAUGACCACGGUUCAGUGUUCCGAUGGCAUGGCCUUCACAUUCAGCACCUGUAGCCUGAGCAGCAACGGGACCAACCAGACCAGAGGACAGAUACCACAGAUACUGUACUACAGGUACACACACACCCACAGACACACACACACACACACACACACACACACACACACACACACACACACACACACACACACACACACUUCCAUUACAUGAGUGACAUAUCCAGGCUGCCACACACCCCUAAGACAAUUUAAAGCCUCAAGUUGAGAUUCAUGUAAUUUCCAAUGCUAACAACCAUUGCUGGUGCUAACACAUGGGCGUGUGUGUCUUUGCCCGUAGGAGUGAGUAUGACGGGGAUCUGCAGUCCCAGCUGCUGAGCAAAGCCAAUGAGGAGGACAAGAACUGCAGCAGAGCUCUCUCAGUGGUCAGUGCAGUGGUCAGAGCUGCCAAAGACCUCCUUCACAGGGCGUUCGCUGUGGAUGGUAAGAACUGGGAGCUCUCUGUGAACAAGGCAAAACCUGUCAACCUUAUUUUCAUAAUAAGUGACCUAUGACAGGAAGGACAUCGAACUAUAGCCUAUUGGCAAAUUGUACACAAGCAGGUGUUUUCUCCAUCUCCUUAGCUAUCAUACUCUAAUUCCACUGAUUUCAAAACUCGGUCCUCCAGAAAGUGGAGAGCAACACUUAUGCAGUUCUACUACGUGAUACAUUAAAGAAAAAGCUGAGUUAGACAGGAUAACCUACACAUACUGCCCAGCUUAAAUAGACAGAAGCACGCUAUAUGGCAGACCAAUCAUCUCUUGGCAUGUCCAGCCCACUCAUUAUCUCAGCCAAUCAUAGCUAACAGGAAGGUUGCUGUCUUUUUCUGUGGCUAAACCAACUAGGCUCGUAAUUUAACCAUUGUAUUCGUAUUUACAGAUGGCAUACCUGUCUGCCAGUAAGGCACAUGAAAGUUCACAUGUUCCAGAAGGCAUUUCUGCCAAAAAAAGUUUACGUUUAAAUGGCUCUCCUGUGAAGUAGUGACCCGUGACAUACGCCUAGUUUCCUGAAACGAGUCACAUGAACUGUAACUCAAGUCAAAUUGUUGAAAUUGUCGCAUGUUAAUUUAUAUUUUUGUUCAGUGUAUAUAUACCUACAGGGGCUCUAAAAUUCCAAAUCAAAUAGCAAAAUGAUCUAUGGUAUGACCAUCUUAAAACAAUUCCAUAUGUUAGCUUAGUAGACCCCCCCCCCCCCCCCCCCCCCCCCCAUUGUGCAAUGACUAGGCUUGUAAGAACAGAUGUUUCUCUCCAUGCAGCAAACAGCUGUUUGAUCUGCGUGCUCUCGCUGCCCGUGCGGUGCACGUGUGAUAAAUAAGAUACAGCGAACUAACAAAAAUACAUGUGCCAAUUUAAUUCCACUACAUUAUUCAAAUUAACCUAUAAUCCGAUAAUAAAUGUAUUUUGGCAGCUAACCGACUAAUGGUUAACCAUUAACAUCCCUAGUUAGUAAUACGUACCAUGGCCCUAUCGCUGCUGGUUUCCUAUUAAGUCUACUCAAGCCCAGCUCAGUGAAUCCCUACCAUUGUGUCGCUGAGUUGCCAUAAUGCUUCAGAAAAUGUACAUUAUCCCAGGGGCAUUGGAAGACACAAUGUAAGUAACCUAAUUGAUGUCCCUCUAACUGCUUGAAUGCCUCUGCUGAUCCUACAGCUAUUGUAUGCAGUAAUCAUGUGCCUAUGAAUGAAAGUUAUACUGUUAGCACUGAUGUGUGCCCUAGUAGGAAGUCCACUGUGUGCACUACUGCACUAACAUAAAUAACACGAGCAUGUCUACUUCUGCUAAGCUUCCCAGGAAAGCAAUGAAAACAAUCAAGCAUCCCAGAAAAGUGUUAAAAAUAGCCCACGUUAACAUAUGUAGCUUAAGAAACAAGGUUCAUUAAAUCAAUAAUUUGCUAGUAACAGAUGACAUUCAUAUUCUGCCUAUCUCUGAAACUCACUUAAUACAUUUGAUACAGUGGUAGAAAUAUAUGGUUAUAACAUCUACAGAAAUGACAGAAAUGCUAAAGGUGUUACCAUUUAUAUUCAGAACCACAUUCUGUAAAGCUUAGAGAGGAUCUCAUGUUAAAUACAGUUGAAGUAAUAUGGCUACAGGUUCAUCUGCCUCACCUAAAGCCCAUUUUGGUGGGUAGCAGCUAUAGGCUAACAGUCAGUAUCUGGAUAACUUGUGUGAAAUGCUUGAUAAUGUAUGUGAUAUCAACAGAGGUAUAUUUUCUGGGUGAUUUAAAUAUUGACUGGCUUUCGUCAAGCUGCCCACUCAAGAAAAAGCUUCAAACUGUAACUAGUGCCUGCAACCUGGUUCAGGUUAUCAGUCAACCUACCAGGGUAGUUGCAUACUGCACAGGAAUGAAAUCCUCAACAUGUAUUGAUCACAUCUUUACUAAUGCUGCAGAAAUGUGCUUUAAAGCAGUAUCCAAAUCCAUAGGAUGUAGUGAUCACAAUAUAGUAGCCAGACCUAGUGAUUCCUAUGUUGUUGAUGUAAAUAAUAUUUGUUGGUCUGUGGUGUCAUGAGUAGCAACCAGACGCUGCACUUGACACUCCAGUUACUAAUAAGCUUGCACCCAUUAAGAAAAUGACUAUAAAAAUGGUUAAAUCCCCGUGGAUUGAUGAGUAAUUGAAAACAUUUAUGGUUGAGAGGGAUGCGGCAAAAGGAAUGGCAAAUAAUUCUGUCUGCACAACCGAUUGGCAAACGUAUUGCAAAUUGAGAAGUCAUGUGACUAAACUGAAUAAAAAGGAGAAACUAUACUAUGAAACAAAGAUAAAUGAUAUAAAGAAUGAUAGUGGUCCUCUGUAGCUCAGCUGGUAGAGCACGGCGCUUGUAACGCCAAGGUAGUGGGUUCGAUCCCCGGGACCACCCAUACACAAAAAUGUAUGCACGCAUGACUGUAAGUCGCUUUGGAUAAAAGUGUCUGCUAAAUGGCAUAUUAUUAUUAUUAUAGUAAAAAGCUUUGGAGCGCCUUAAAUGAAAUUUUGGGCAAAAAGGCAAACUCGGCUCCAUCAUUCUUUGCAUCAGGUGGCUCAUUCAUCAUGAUUUUUCAUUGGCAAGAUUAGCAAACUUGGGCAUGAAAUGUCAGCAACAAACGCUGAUACUACACAUCCAAGUAUAACUGAUCAAAUUAUGAAAGACAAGCAUUGUAAUUUUGAAUUCCGUAAAGUGAGUGUGGAAGAAGUGAAAAAAUUGUCUGUCAACAAUGACAAGCCACUGGGGUCUGACAACUUGGAUGGAAAAUCACUCAGGAUAAUAGCAGACGAUAUUGCCACUCCUAUUUGUCAUAUAUUCAAUCUAAGCCUUCUAGAAAGUGUGUGCCCUCAGGCCUGGAGGGAAGCAAAAGUCAUUCUGCUACCCAAGAUUAGUAAAGCCCCCUUUACUGGCUCAAAUAGACGACCAAUCCACUUGUUACCAACCCAUAGUAAACUUUUUUAUAUUUUUAUGUUGUGUUUGACCAGAUACAAUGCUAUUUUACUGUAAACAAAUUGACAGCAGACUUGCAGCACGCUUGUAGGGAAGGACAUUCAACAAGCAUGGCAUUUAUACAAUUGACUGAUGAUUGGCUGAGAGAAAGUGAUGAUAAAAAGAUUGUGGGAGCUGUUUUGUUAGACCUCAGUGCGGCUUUUGACAUUAUCAAUCAUAGUCUGCUGAUGGAAAAAUGUAUGUGUUAUGGCUUUACACCCCCUGCUAUAUUGUGGAUAAAGAGUUACCUGUCUAACAUAACACAGAGGGUGUUCUUUAAUGGAAGUCUCUCCAACAUAAUCCAUGUAGAAUCAGGAAUUCCCCAGGGCAGCUGUCUAGGCCCCUUACUUGUUCAAUUUUUACUAAUGACAUGCCACUGGCCUUGAGUAAAGCCAGUGUGUCUAUGUAUGCGGAAGACGCAACACUAUAUACGUCAGCUACUAACCGAGUGAAAUCACUGCAACACUCCCAGUCUACCUCACUUCAUUUCUGUCCUGUAGAUCUAGUGAUUAUCAGACACACUCCCAAAGUAUGCUGCUUUGAUGUUCCCCAUGUCUCCUUUGAAUUGGGCAAACCUGCUUUUAGUUAAAGUGUUCUUCAUUCCUGGAAUGACAUUCCAAGAUAUAUUAGAGUUGGAUGUCCUGGUUUCAUUAGGUCACUUUAAGACUUUAAUACAGGACAUUCAUUGUGGACUGCACUUGUAAAAUCUAAUAAUUUCUGCUAUGUAUGUAAUUUUAUCUGUUUGAACUGUUUGGAUUGUUGAUUGUUGUAACACAUGGCACCAUUGAAAAAGAGACCCUGGUCUCAACUGGGAUUCCCUGUAUAAAUAAUGGUUAAAACAUUUAAAAAAGAAAACCAGCCCUAUAUGUCUGUGUAAUUCAAACCUGUGCUCUUGUCUGCAGCGGAGGACAUCCCUGAGCUGCUGAGCUCUUCCAGUCUGUUCUCCAUGCUGCUCCCCCUCAUCCUGGCCUACAUCGGCCCUGUGGCUACCUCAGUACCCAAGGUGAGAUGUGGUUAAAUGUUGUCUGUGAAAUAGGUUAUACUUUUUUUUACUGCUGUAUCUAGUCAAAGGUCCCCAAGGUGAGAGUAAGGAUUUUUUUUUUCUAGAUUAACUACAUUGAUCCAGCCUAACACUCUUUUUGAAGCUACAGCUUCAGGCCUGGAGGGAAGCUAAAGUCAUUCCGCUACCUAAGAAUAGCAAAGCACCCUUUACUGGCUCAAACAGCCGACUAAUCAGCCUCCUAUCAACCCUUAGUAAACUUUUGGAAAAUAUGGUUUGACCAGAUACAAUGCUAUUUCACAGUAAACAAAUUAACAACUGACUUUCAGUAUGCUUAUUGGGAGGGGCACUCAACAUGUACAGCACUUACACAAAUGACUGAUGAUUGGCUGAAAUAAACUGUUUUGUUAGAGUUCAGUGCAGCUGUUGACAUUAUUGAUCAUAAUCUGCUGCUGGAAAAUGUAUGUGUUAUGGCUUUACAUACCCUGCUAUAUCGUGGAUUGAGAGUUACCUGUAUCAGGACACAGAGGGUGUUCUUUAAUGGAAGCAUCUCCCAACGUAAUCCAGGUAGUGUCAGGCAUUCACCAGGGCAGUUGUCUAGGCCCCUUUACUAAUGAACUGGCACUGAGUAAAGCCUGUGUAGCUACGUCAGCUACCACAGCAAGUGAAAUCACUGUAAAACUUAACAAAGAGCUGCAGUCAGUUUUAGAAUGGAUAAGCUAGUACCAAAUAUUUUUUAAAAAACUGAAAGCAUCGUAUUUGGGACAAACUACACCCUAAACCUCAACUGACUCUUGUAAUAAAUAAUUUGUAAGUUGCGGAGACUAAACUGCUUGGUGUAACUCUGGAUUGUAAACUGUCAUGGUCAAAACAUAUUGAUGCAAUGGUAGCUAAUUUGGGGAGAAGUCUGACCAUAAUAAAGUGCUGCUCUGCUUUCUUGACAAGGCUAUCAACAAAACAAGUCCUACAUGCCCAAGUUUUGUCGCACCUGGACUACUGUCCAGUCAUAUGGUCAAGUGCCACAAAGAGGGACAUACACUACCGGUCAAAGGUUUUAGAACACCUAUUCAUUCAAGGGUUUUUCUUUAUUUGUGCUAUUUUCUACAUUGUUUAAUAAUAGUGAAGACAUCAAAACUUUGAAAUAACACACAUGGAAUCAUGUAGUAACCAAAAAAGUGUUAAAUAAAUGAAAAUAUAUGUUAUAUUUGAGAUUCUUCAAAUAGCCACCCUUUGCCUUGAUGACAGCUUUGCACACUCUUGGCAUUCUCUCAACCAGCUUCACCUGGAAUGCUUUUCCAACAGUCUUGAAGGAGUUCCCACAUAUGUUGAGCCCUUGUUGGCUGCUUUUCGUUUACUCUGCGGUCCGACUUAUCCCAAACCAUCUCAAUUUGGUUGAGGUCGGGGGAUUGUGGAGGCCAGGUCUUCUGAUGCAGAACUCCAUCACUCUCCUUCUUUGUCAAAUAGCCCUUAACAGCCUUGAGGUGUGUGUUGGGUCAUUGUCCUGUUGAAAGACAAAUAAUAGUCCCACUAAGCCCAAACCAGAUGGGAUGGCGUAUCACUGCAGGAUGCUGUGGUAGCCAUGCUGGUUAAGUGUGCCUUGAAUUCUAAAUAAAUCACAGACAGUGUCACCAGCAAAGCCACCCCCACACUAUAAGACCACCUCAUCCAUGCUUUACAGUGGGAAAUACACAUGCGGAGAUCAUCCGUUCACCUACACCGCGUCUCACAACACAUUUCCACCGGUCUAAUGUCCAUUGCUUGUGUUUCUUGGCCCAAGCAAGUCUCUUCUUCUUAUUGGUGUCCUUUAGUAGUGGUUUCGUUGCAGUAAUUCGACCCAUGAAGGCCUGAUUCACACAGUCUUCUCUGAACAGUUGAUGUUGAGAUGUGUCAGUUACUUGAACUCUGUGAAGCAUUUAUUUGGGAUGCAAUUUCUGAGGCUGGUAACUCUAAUGAACUUAUCCUCUGCAGCAUAGGUAACUCUGGGUCUUCCAUUCCUGUGGCUCAUGAGAGCCAGUUUCGUCAUAGCACUUGAUGGUUUUUGCGACUGCACUCGUUUCUCUUUGCUUAUUUGAGCUGUUCUUGCCAUAAUAUGGACUUGGUAUUUUACCAAAUAGGGCUAUCUUCUUGUCACAACACUACUGAUUGGCUCAAACGCAUUAAGAAGGAAAGAAAUUCCACACAUUAACUUUUAAGGCACACCAGUUAAUUGAAAUGCAUUCCUGGUGUCUGUCUCAUGAAGCUGGUUGAGAGAAUGCCAAGAGUGUGCAAAGCUGUCAUCAAGGCAAAGCGUGGCUACUUUGAAGAAUCUCAAAUCUCAAAUAUAUGAUUCCGUUUGUGUCAUUUCAUAGUUUUGAUGUCUUCACUAUUAUUCUACAAUGUAGAAAAUAGUACAAAUAAAGAAAAAUCCUUGAAUGAGUAGGUGUUCUGAAACCUUCGACCGGUACUGUAGGAAAAAUACAGUUGGCCCAGAACAGAGCACCACGGCUGGCCCUUAAAUGUACACCGAGAGCUAACAUCAAUUACAUGCAUGUCAAUCUCUCCUGGCUCAAAGUAGAGGAGAGAUUGACUACAUCACUACUUGUCUUUGUGAGAGGGAUUGACAUGUUGGGAGUACCGAGCUGUCUGUUCAAUUGACUAGCGCACAGCUCAGACACCCAUGCAUACCCCACAAGACAUGCCACCAGGGGUUUCUUCCCGGUCCCCAAGUCCAGAACAGACUCCGGGAAACGGCCAGUACUACACAGAGUUAUGACUACAUGGAACUCUAUUCCACAUCAAAUAACUCAUGCAAACCUGAACAUUUAAUUGAAAAAACACAAAACUACACCUUAAGGAACAAUGUGGACUGUGUGUGAAGAGAUGCAAAGUGGCUUGCGAAACUAUUCACCCCCCUUGGCAUUUUUCCUAUUUUGUUGCCUUACACCCUGAAAUUAAAAUAUAUUUUUUGGGGCUUUGUAUCAUUUGAUUUACACAACAUGCAUACCACUUUGAAGAUGCAAAAUAUGUGUUAUUGUGAAACAAACAAGAAAUAAGACAAAAAAACAGAACCUGAGCGUGCAUAACUAUUCACACCCCCCAAAGUCAAUACUUUGUAGAGCCACCUUUUGCAGCGAUUACAGCUGCAAGUCUCUUGCUCUCUAUAAGCUUGGCACAUCUAGCCACUGGGAUUUUUGCCAAUUCUUCAAUGCAAAACUGCUCCAGCUCCUUCAAGUUGGAUGGGUUCCGUUGGUGUACAGCAAUCUUUAAGUCAUACCACAGAUUCUCAAUUGGAUUGAGGUCUGGGCUUUGACUAGGCCAUUCCAAGACAUUUCCCCUUAAACCACUCGAGUGUUGCUUUAGCAGUAUGCUUAGGGUCAUUGUCCUGCUGGAUGGUGAACCUCUGUCCCAGUCUCAAAUCUCUAGAAGACUGAAACAGGUUUCCCUCAAGAAAUUCCCUGUAUUUAGCGCCGUCCAUCAUUCCUUCAAUUCUGACCAUUUUCCCAGUCCCUGCCGAUGAAAAACAUCCCCACAGCAUGAUGCACCACACCAUGCUUCACUGUGGAGAUGGUGUUCUCGGGGUGAUGAGAGGUGUUGGGUUUGCGCCAGACAUAGCGUUUUCCUUGAUGGCCAAAAAGCUCAAUUUUAGUCUCAUCUGACCAGAGUACCUUCUUCCAUAUGUUUGGGAAGUCUCCCACAUGCUUUUUGGCGAACACCAAACGUGUUUGCUUAUUUUUUUCUUGAAGCAAUGGCUUUUUUCUGGCCACUCUUCCGUAAAGCCCAGCUCUGUGGAGUGUACGGCUUAAAGUGGUUCUAUGAACAGAUACUCCAAUCUCCGCUGUGGAGCUUUGCAACUCCUUCAGGGUUACCUUUGGUCUCUUUGUUGCCUCUCUGAUUAAUGCCCUCCUUGCCUGGUCUGUGAGUUUUGGUGGGCGGCCCUCUCUUGGCAGGUUUGUUGUGGUGCCAUAUUUUUUCCAGUUUUUAAUAAUGGAUUUAAUGGUGCUCCGUGGGAUGUUCAAAGUUUCGGAUUUUUAAAAAUAAGCCAACCCUGAUCUGUACUUCUCCACAACUUUGUCCCUGACCUGUUUGGAGAGCUCCUUGGUCUUCAUGGUGCCGUUUGCUUGGUGGUGCCCCUUGCUUAGUGGUGUUGCAGACUCUGGGGCCUUUCUGUGUAUGCCACCUGCAUACACACACAAACCAGACAGCCCACACACACAGCAUUCUCACACUCACACAUCACCCCCACCAAUACACACACACACACACAGCCAAACACAGACAUCUCAGCAUCCCCAAACACACACUCACACACUACACACACCACACUACACACACACACACACACACACACACACACACACACACACACACACACACAUCCUAACACAGACACACACUUCUCAAUAAGUCUGAACAGUAACACAGAAGGCUACACUAUUAGUCUAAUAACAUAGCUUACUUCUAAGGUAGGCCUACACCUGAGUUGGGUUACAUUGUAAUGUUAUGUUUGGUGUUGAUAAGUUACUGUAGUGAUGGGAGGGUAAACUACCCCGUUUCCGAGUGAGCUGCCUGCUAGCCACCUGCACAGAAAGAUAGAUGGGACACAUUUUCAAUUCACUGGUAUGUAGCUAUGUUUUUAUCAAUUGUAGGGCAGAAGCCACUGAAUUCUGGUAGUUUACACCGCAAAGCAGCACUGCCUCUCACCCAGAGCGUUACCUCAGCAAAUGGCAUCAAGCUAACAAACACUCCCUCACACUAGCUAGCAUCUCGUCAUAAAAACGGGUGGCGCCAUGUUUGUUUGGACCAAUCCCUGACAACCCAUACACCAGAAUGUAGCUACAAAGUAGUACUUUGUAAGCUGCUAUGCUUUUGUCUCUGAAAAGAUCAAUGACAGAAGCAAAGGAAAAAAAGUUUGACCUUAUAAUUUAUUCAAAGGACAUCUGUUGACUAUAAAACACCAUCAGGACUUUCCCAUACUUGUUGGCAAUAAAAUGUCACAUCGAGCUUACUAAAAUGGAGUGAGGAACACACCGAUUUCGCGGGUUUCAUAAAAAAGGCUGUCCUGCAGAAUUGAAUGUUCUAAGCACGGCACUUACUUUACAUUUGGGCUCAUAUCAUGUAAAUAUCAUAAUGUACAGUAUGUGAUUUUUAGACAUGGUUAAAAAAACUUCCACUUUCAUGUUUUCAAAUGAUUUAUUAUGUAUUUUGACGACCACAUGGUUGACAUUUAAUGAAAAUCUCACAUAACGUCCAUUGUUUGUUACGUCACCUAACACCCUACCUAUGUGUUUAGAUGUAAAUGUGAUUAAAGACCAUACACGCAAUACACAGAGGGUCAUCGUCCUGCUUUCAGACAUCAACAUCAUCUAAGUCUACCUUUUAAGUGAAAGAACCAUUGUGAUUCAUUUAAUGUUUUUUCCUCAUUCCUCAUCAGGCUGCAGUGGAAGUCUUUGGUCUGGUCCAGGAGUUACUUCCUGCUGCCUCUGCUCUGAACCAGAAGUAUUCCCCACCGGCUUUCAACCCCAACCAAUCAACAGACAGCACCACGGGCAACCUGCCUGAGCAGGGCCUAUCAGCUUGCACCACCUCCAGUCACUAUGCUGUGAUAGAGAGCGACCACCCUUACAAGCAGGCCGGAGUCGCGCAGUAUAAG